AGCAUAUUUUCAAUUUAUAAUAAAUGUUAAACUCAAUGGAAAUCUCAGUAUCAAAAACCUGUAUACAAGUUUAUGCUGUUGCUUUAUUUUUAUUAAUCAACCUGAAAGAUCUACAGGCUGCGAACUUGUGUCCGGAGAUACAAGGAUGCCGAUGCUUAAAGGAUUCUACAUCUCACGGUGAAACAGAUACAGCAGAUGGAACAAUGAAGAUAAGUUGUUCAAGUAUGACAGAUCCUAAACUGCAUCUCAUGCCGCAUGAAAACAUCACACAGCUCAUUCUGUCCAGAGUAACAAUUGCUAACUUAUCUAUCCUGGAUGAACUACGUAAAACAAAGCUCAACAAACUUAGUCUUUAUCGAAACAAUUUUGGAGAAACUGCAGUCUUCACUUGGAAAUGGAUACCAGAUUCGAUUACAACUAUUUCAUUAUCAAGAAAUGGAUUCAUAAAUUUUGCGAAUGGUGAAGAGGAUUGCAACUUUACAAGAAUGAAGAAUAAUUUGACUAUACACAUAUCGGAUGAAAAAAUUUCAUUAUUAUCAUUGUGCUUACCUGAAAGUACAACAAAGCUAUCAAUUUCUAAUAUACAACACAGUAAACAGGAAACAAUAGAGAUGACGAAAUGGCCGAGAAAUAUAGCAUAUUGUUGAUGAGUAGAAUCACAUUGGAUCAUAAGCAUAAACAUCUUUUCCAAUCAAUCCCAAGCACAUUGAAGACGAUGAUAUUCAAAGAAGUAAACUUAAUAUUAGUUGGGCAGAGCAUUUUCCAUCACAUCAGUUAACAAGCUUAACCUUACAAAAUUGUAGGUUAAGAGAAACAUCCUCUGUACUGAUUCCUUUAAUGAAAAAUGCAGUAAACUUGAAGUAUUUAUCACUUAGUAGAAAUCAAUUCAAGCAAUUACCAAGUUACUUUCAACGUCAAUCGAGCAGCUUAUUUCAUACAACGAAAUAUCUAAUGUGGACGAAACUGUUUGGAAACAAUUCCCGAAUUAAAGCAGCUGAAUCUGAGACACAAUCGAUUGUCAGUAGUACCAGUUGGAAUGCCGUCAACACUUCAGAUAUCGAUCUCGGAUACAAUU